CAAAACAAAAGAAAACAAAGAGAGGGACACACGACACUCAACAGCUCCUUUACCCCAAGAACCAAAGCCAGUAAUCCCAAAGAGACAACCAAGCUCCCAUGGCAGAGACCAGCACAAGGAGCAGCGGCGCCGCCACCACCACCUCCUCCUCCUACUCUGCCAGUGGAUCACCCAUAACUCAGAUGGCCCAAGACCACAUCUUCUCAAUCCUCCUCCUCCUCCCCACAGACUCCAUCAUCUCCUUCUCCAUGACCUGCUCCAGAUUCAGGUCCCUCACCUUUUCUGAGUCCCUCUGGGAAGCCAUCUGCAGAAGGGACUGGGGACCCACCACCGUGGAUGCCCUCAAGUUCUCUGCUGAAGCCACCAACUGCCAGCAGCAGCUGUCUUGGAUGAGGCUCUACAAGCAGGUGUGUCAGCUGGACUCUGUUUCCUGCCAUAGACUCUCUGGCCCAGAUGCUGGAAUGGUGCUUCCCAAGCCCAGAGCUUCACUCUCUCUCAACUUUGUGUCUGACUGCCUGGUCCUGUUUGGUGGUGGCAGUGAAGGAGGACGUCAUAUUGAUGACACAUGGGUGGCGUACAUUGGUAAUGAUUUUCGGAGGAUGUUAAGGUGGGAGAAGAUUACUUCAGGCAUUCCAAGUGGCCGGUUUGGGCACACAUGUGUUGUCAUUGGCAACCAUCUUGUCCUUUUUGGAGGGAUCAAUGACGAUGGUAUCCGUCACAAUGAUACAUGGGUGGGGCAAGUGGCACUCAAUGAGACACUGGGUUUCACAGUCUCAUGGAGACUGCUUGAUGUCGGUUCAGUUGCACCUCCGCCACGUGGGGCUCAUGCAGGAUGCUGCAUUGGUAACAACAGGAUGGUUAUCCAUGGAGGGAUCGGGCUGUAUGGUCUCAGAUUGGGUGACACAUGGAUGUUGGAUCUCUCUGAAAAUCUUUGUUUUGGAACUUGGCAUGAGGUUGUGACACAUCCAUCACCUCCAGCUCGGUCAGGACACACAUUGACUUGCAUUGGGGGAAGCCGAACAGUUUUGUUUGGAGGGAGGGGAUUGAGUUAUAAUGUACUCAAUGAUCUCUGGCUCUUUGAAUUUUCUGAGGUUUACUCGAAAUGGGUACAGAUUCUGUAUGAAUUAAAGAACGUUCCUGGAGGAAUUUCCCUCCCAAGGGUUGGUCACUCAGCUACACUCAUCUUAGGAGGACGAGUGCUGAUUUAUGGAGGAGAAGACUCGCAGAGACACCGUAAAGAUGACUUUUGGGUGUUGGACACUGGCGCAAUCACAUCAGUUAAUCCAAUUAAUCCAAUUCCACUGAACUCAAGAGGCCUGUUAGUGAACAUCUGGAAAAGACUGAACGCUGAGGGAUAUAAACCCGAAUGCCGGUCAUUCCAUGGAGCAUGUACAGACCGUUCUGGGCGCUUCUUGUUUGUGUUUGGUGGAAUGGUGGAUGGGUUAAUUCGGCCAGCUGAACCUGCCGGCAUGAGGUUUGAUGCUGAACUCUUUCUUGCAGAGCUUGUGCUUCAGCUGUAGCAGAGGAAUUAGAAAUUGUGGAUCUUAGUUGGAGUAAAUGCUUCCUCAUUACAAGUCUUGUAUAGACUGUUUCUCAUGUAGCACAUCAUAUGUCUCAUGAUUCGGGUCGAUAAAAUAGCCUUUAGCAACUUCAAGAGUCUUGAGUUAUCUAAAUGCAGCAAGGGUUGUUUGGGAAUCCCCUAAGUCCGUGAGAGUAUCCUUUGGAUGAAUUCAAACCAAGAGCUGGGAUCUUGACCAGAACUUCUUGAAGACAAUUUGAUAAUGAAGACAAGCAGCAUUGAUAUCUAUUUGAAAAGUAGUCAGCCAUAUUCCAGUCUAUGGAGCAAAUCAUAACGCCAGCGUUUCAUAUCAGAAAAUAAUCACCAUGGAGUGGUGGGAUAUAUAGGUGAUGACCCUUUGCUUGAAAAUGAAGGAAGAAUGCAGUGUUGAACUGGUGCAAGUAAACCUGAGAUUGGUGCAGCAAUAUGGGUCCAGGGUGAUAUGAUCAAGGAAAAUGAGUUUUUGAGUGUCUUUGAUGGUUUGAGGCUUUUGAGUCUGAUCUCUUUCAUCGAGUCUGGGACCAUUCUUAGAGCUUCAGAAUAAUGAUCUUGUUGAUAAUGGACAGAUAAAUCUUCAAAAAUGCAUUAAAAAAAAAAAAAAAUCUUCUGUUUUAUUGCCAA